ACGAUGCCACGUUUUCUACUCAUUCACAAGUUUUGUUUAGAUGCCAAAUUUUAAUUAAGUUUUUUGGGUAGUAUAUUUUGCUUUCGUAAUAUGUUUUCUUGACAGCUUUGUAUUUUAAUAAAACUUAUUACACAAAAUGGUUAUUAGAAAAUGUUUUUGAAUUGUUAACUGCAACCUUAGCAGUGUUUCAGAAAACAAACAGACGAGUUGUAAACAUUUCAAAAUAGCAAGAUGGAAAUGUCGGAAAUUACUGACGAUGUUGCAGAAUUUUUUAACUCUGAAUUUGGAGAUGAUAUAAAAAAUAUGCAUAAAAUACAUGAUGUCAUAGAUCGUUUAACAAAGUGUGAGGAAACUCUGGAAUGUGAGAUUUCGCCGCAUAGCAGAGAUCCGUCACAUGUAACAAAGGCUAUGAAAGUCGCGGAAGAGGCUUUAGAAAAUAUCAGAAAACUGCGAGAAAAAUGGGAAAAUUUAGAAAUUUCUGCAACAAGCGAAAUAGAAAAAAUGAGGCCGAUAAAAGAUGAUUUUUAUUCCAAAAUUAAAGAGUUGAAGGAAAUAGAAUCUCUCAAUUCUUAUAUAAAAUGGAUUUUGAAAGUAGAAGAUGAAAAUUUUCGAAUGGAGGAAGCACUUAAAAGCAAUGACAUAUCUCAGAUGGUCGAUAUAUUUUCUAAUUUCAAAGAAUUUUGGACUGUUCUUUGUGGGUCUGACUGUAAAAAUUUAGUUAUGUAUAUAAGAAAAACUAUGCAGUAUUGGUAUGAUGUUCUUAAAGAUAAACUUGGAAAUGAGUUCCAGGCAGUUCUUAACAGUUUACAUUGGCCUGUUUUGUCAACAAACAUAAGGCUGCCUGCCAAUCAGGCAAUUGAUGUUCUGCUGAAAUUCAAGCAGUUAUUUCUCUCUUUGUGUAAAAUUUCCUUACCUGAUACUUAUGUCAGAAUUCAAGAUGUGAAGGACAGUGUGGAAGACACCUCAUUACUGUUGCCUCUUCAACUGAUGCUUCAACCUUUGCAGAAAAGAUUUAUGUUUCAUUUCAUGGGAAAGAAGCCCACUAACCGACUAGAUAAGGUAUUUUUUUAUACAUCGUUAAAGCAUUUGCAUAAAACAAAAAUGUUUAUUGACUAAUUUUA